CUCCGCCUCUUAACUGGUGAGGUUUUGUUUACUUCCUCUGGUUUACUCAGAGUAGUCUGGCUUUUAGCUGACAGUCAGUCAUGUGACCCUCAUCAUAUUUGUCCCAGUUGUCUCUCCCAUACACACCCCAACGCCUGUCAAGGACAUGGGCGGAGAAAGCAGAAGGCAGCCAAAGAGAGGGCAGGUAUGGCAAAGCUCCCGGACCUAAAGGACGCUGAGGCGGUGCAGAAGUUCUUCCUGGAGGAGAUCCAGCUGGGGGAGGAGCUGCUGGCUCAGGGAGACUAUGAGAAAGGUGUGGACCACCUGACCAACGCCAUCGCCGUGUGUGGUCAGCCUCAGCAGCUGCUGCAGGUCCUGCAGCAGACUCUGCCUCCGCCCGUCUUCCAGAUGCUGCUCACCAAACUGCCCAGCAUCAGCCAGCGUAUUGUGAGUGCACAGAGUCUGAGCGAGGACGAUAUAGAAUGAGGACCAGGAGGAGACAACCCCCAAACCCUCACCCUCCUCUUCCUCCCCUUCCUCUUCCUCAUGUGGACCUUCCAUGACGACCCUGCCAACGCCUCGGCCUCCAUCGCUCCGGCCGACAUCCAUCACUUCCUGAAGUGGAAUUAGUUUUGUAUUCCUGGUUUAUCCAUGACAGUAGUGUUUUGUUUUUUGACUUAAAUUACCCGUUUUGGGGUAUUAAGAGUAUCUGGAUCAUAACGGCCAGAGAAACACAAGAGCCCGUCCCCACUUCACCAUCAUUGGGUCUAUACUCAUCAAGUGGACCGGGUGUUAACAUGAAUCCGCUCCUUCCUUCAGGGUGGUGUAGCGCACGUCCUGACGGCAUCAUGUACCAGGUUUACACCGUCUGACGUGUUCGUACCAACCAUCUUCAUGGUUCUUCUGAUAUCAGUCGUGGAAAGUUACAGAAACAGGAAUCUUCUCUUUGCUCGGAUGCUUCACAAAGUAUUUAUUGUUUUGUUUGUUAUCAGUCGUCUUUCUGUUCGUUCUCGACUUGGAAACACUUUUGAAAAAGUGAUGAAAAGUUUUGUUUUGUCAUUUUAAAGAGGACGACCCUCUUUAGGAAAAUAAAAAAUGUGAACAAACUCUGAAGUUGUCUUGUGAGUUUAUUUAAAAUGAAAUCACGCCUCCUCCAGCUGUAGCUCGUCUCUGUGCACGUGUCAUCGAUAUUCAGAAAGUAGCUUCUAGUGAGCAAACAUUUAAAAUAGUCGUCCUACAACGUUUUACAACAGGUCGUGUCUUCAUUUUCUGUACCUAUUAUCUCACAGGACGAACAAAAGAGACAUCCUAGAAACUACAGCAAAGAUCUUCUCCUACAGAGAGAUUCAUCCACAGCAGGGAAACACUAAACGUCUUGUCCUGCUGCUGCAUCACUUUCUCUUUGUCUUUGUAAAAUGUUCAGGCUAAAUAACUGUGUUGUUUGCAUCACGUUCAGAUUUUGCCACUUUCGACCCCUCAAGUUUCUGUGUCGCCCGUCUGUCUUG